CUCUUUUUUAAUAUUAGAAAAUGUCAGCUAUUCUACGAAGUGAUAACAAGACUUUGUUUUGCUUCCUAUUCUUCAUCAUUAUGCUAUACCCAUGAUUCUCACUGAUCUACAAUUGGGAAUUUAAUGCCCCUCCAGGAACAGACCUAAUCUUCAGUGGAAAUGCAACCGAUGUCAACAUAACGUAAGCCCCUAGAAAAUCUAACUAAACUCUAUAGUAUCGAGGACCUAAGGUACUAAACUACUAAUCUCUCAACCCCUCAUAGACAGUACAUCUACCUUCCUUCAAUCUCGACUCCCUCCCUCACAAGACCAACGGCUGGCCUCCUAGUCAUGAACCACCAGCACAAGAUUUCAAUAACCCAAGUAUCCUUCUCCAAUGACGCAUAUUCUGUGUACACUGAGCUAUACAUAUUUCGUGACAGAACUCAGAACUUGUUCUGCAUCCCCAUAAGUAUUACAACAAAUGGAGGGUCUGUAGGGUUUAUACCUAAAUGGUGUAUCCUAUUUGUUCAAGGCGAUAAUUUUACCGUCACUUCAGAACUCUAUGAUGGAGAUGAAAGAUUUGUAAAUCAAGCAACCAUAACAGGUAAGUCAAAGAAAUAA